ACACUUCUCUCCACCACCACGUCCCUUUCUUCGCACCCACCCUUUCGCCCGUCGACGUCUCAAAUUCUCUCUCUCACCAUGGCCGAGGCUACGGCCCCCAAAGACGUCCCGAACACCGCCGUCAAGGCCACCCUUUCCGUCCUCGAUCCCAGCGCCGCCAGCCAGAAAACCCUCAAGAUCGAAAACACAGACAAGCGCGACACACUGAUCGCUUCCGAGAAGACAUACCAGAAGAAAUGGGCCGAGGCACACGUCUUUGAGCCAGAGGCCCCGUCCAUUGACGAGGAGCCGUUCGACACCACCCCCGAUCAAUUACAUGAAAAAUACCCCAAGUUCAAUGGCAACUUUGCCUACCCGUAUAUGAACGGCACUCUACACGCAGGCCAUGGCUUCACCGCAAGUAAGGUUGAGUUCACGGCAGGUUUCGCUCGCAUGCAAGGCAAACGCACUCUGUUCCCUCUCGGCUAUCACGUCACCGGAAUGCCCAUCAAGGCCUGUGCCGACAAGCUCGUGCGCGAAGUCGAACUCUUUGGUCAAAAUUUCGAGCGAUGCCCCGUAGACGACAUCAUCGAAGAAGGCCAAACAGACGGCGCAGUUCCUCCAGCUCCUACCCAGGCAGAAACCAAGACAGACCUCACAAAGUUCUCCGCAAAGAAAGGCAAGGCUGCAGCCAAGUCAGUCAAGACCAAGUACCAGUUCCAAAUCAUGCUUGCGCAAGGCAUCCCUCUCGAGGAAAUCCACAAGUUCUCUGACCCUUAUCACUGGAUCGAAUAUUUCCCGCCACUUGCCCGGCGCGACCUGACUGCGUUUGGCGCCCGCAUUGAUUGGAGGCGACAGUUUGUCACCACUGACGCAAACCCUUACUAUGACUCAUUCGUUGCAUGGCAGAUGCGAAAGCUCAAGGAUCUAGGCAAGAUUAUAUUUGCUAAGCGCUACACUGUCUACUCACCCAAAGAUGGGCAAGCUUGCAUGGACCAUGACCGUCAGAGCGGCGAGGGUGUCGGUGUCCAGGAAUAUACCGCGCUGAAGAUGAAGGUCAAGGAGUGGGCCGUACCUGCGCAAGAGAAGCUCAAAGGCAAAAUCCCCGAGGGUGCCAACGUCUUCUUCAUCCCUGCUACCCUUCGCCCAGAAACGAUGUAUGGUCAAACUUCGUGUUUCGUCGGUCCAACCCUUGAGUAUGGCAUCUUCCAGGUCUCCGACUCUGAGUAUUUUGUCUGCAGCCCUCGCGCAGCUCGUAACAUGGCUUUCCAAGGCACCUUCCCCCAGUGGGGUGAGUUCCCUCAGGUCGCUACUUUCACUGGACGAGACGUGGUCGGAACUCUUGUCGAUGCUCCUCUAUCCGUACACACCGACGGCGUACGCAUCCUCCCCAUGGAAACUGUCAAGGAUACAAAGGGCACCGCAGUCGUCACAUGUGUACCCUCAGAUUCUCCAGAUGACUACAUUACGUCUCUAGACCUCGCCAAGAAAGCCGAGUACUACCAGAUUCAGAAAGAGUGGGUCAAAUUCGAUGACAUUCUCCCCAUCAUCUCAACUCCUCAGUAUGGAGACUUGACUGCGAAGAAGCUCGUGGAGGACCUCAAGAUUCAAUCACCCAAAGACGCCAAGAAACUCGAAGAAGCAAAAGAGAAGGCUUACAAAGAGGGCUUCUACAAGGGCACAAUGGUAUAUGGUGACUUCAAGGGCAAGAAAGUCGAAGAAGCCAAGAACCUCGUGCGCAAGCAGCUCAUCGACCAGGGUUUCGCUUUCCCUUAUGCCGAGCCCGAUGGCAAGGUCAUGUCUCGCUCAGGUGACGAAUGUGUAGCAGGACUGCUUGAUCAAUGGUUCAUGAACUACGGCACCGCUGAGAACCGUGGAGACGGCGAGUGGGCUGCAAAGGUCCUCCAACACAUCAAUGAAAUGCAGCUAUACUACCCAGAGGUUAAGCAUGCUUUUACCGGAGUGGUUGCUUGGCUUGGCAACUGGGCUUGUGCUCGAUCAUACGGUCUCGGUACCAAGGUUCCAUGGGACAACUCCGUCAUGGUGGAAUCUCUCAGCGAUUCGACAAUUUACCAGGCUUACUAUGGCUUUGCUCACUUGCUUCACACAGAUCUUUUUGGAAAGGAUAUCGGCCCUCUCGGCAUCAAGAGCGAGCAAUUCACUGACGACGUUUGGGACUACGUCUUUGCCCGUCGCGAUCGCGGAGACCUGCCACAGACAGACAUACCUACAAAGUCACUCCAGACGCUACGACGACACUUCGACUACUGGUAUCCUCUUGACAUGCGAACUAGUGGAAAAGAUCUUAUUCAAAACCACUUGACUUUCAACCUUUACGUACACACCGCCAUCUUCAACAAGGAGAACUGGCCUCGCAGCUUCCGUGUCAAUGGCCAUCUCAUGCUUAAUGGCGAGAAGAUGUCAAAGAGUACCGGGAACUUCCUUACGAUUCAAGGCGCCGUUGAAAAGUUCGGUGCUGACGCCACUCGUAUCGCUCUUGCUGACGCAGGUGAUGGUAUCGAAGAUGCCAACUUUGAAGAAACCGUCGCCAACUCCAAUAUCUUGAAGCUAUUUGAGCUCCGCAAGUGGUGUGAAGAGAUAGUCAAAGAUGCCAUCCUCGUGGACGACGGCGAAGCCUACAAGUCCAAGCGUGAUAAUGAGCGAGUCAAGAACACAGACUCCAUUCAGCGCAAGUCUGGUAGCUCCAAGGCUUUGUGGGACAUCAUGUUCGAAAACGAGAUGAACCUGUUGGUCGCCGAAACCAAAGGACAUUACGAGGCCACAAUGUACAAGUCAGCUCUGAAAUCUGGCUAUUUCGAUUUCACGGCUGCACGAGACUUCUACCGUGAGGCUACCAAGGCAGCUGGCAUCGGCAUGCAUGAGGAUCUUGCGAAGCGUUUCAUCGAACUCCAGGCUCUUCUCUUGACUCCAAUUGCGCCUCACUGGUCCGACUAUGUUUGGCAAGAGAUUCUCGGCAAGCCUGACACUAUCCAGAACGCUUUGUGGCCUGAGGUUCCAGCUUCCGAUGCGGGUCUGACGGCGGCGCGUGAGUUCGUGAGGACAACUCAGUCGAACAUCACUUCAUCAGAGGGGCAGGCUGUCAAGCGUUUGGCCAAGGGCAAAGAGGCUCUGUUUGACCCCAAGAAAGAGAAGACCAUUACCAUAUUCUCCGCGAAAUCAUGGCCGGCGUGGCAAAAGAAGUACAUUGACAUUCUUCAAACCCAAUACCCGAACGUCGAUAUCAAGGCCCUGAGCAAGACUAUUGACAAGUCCGAGUCGAAGAAAGCCAUGCCUUUCAUCAAUGGCCUCAAGCGACGCCUCGACAACGGCGAAUCCCCGGAUACUGUUCUUAACCGCCAACUUGCCUUUGACGAGCUAGCCACCCUCCGUGCCAUGAUACCAGGCUUGAAGCAGACUGUUCAGAAGUGCGUCGCUGUAGAAAUCAUAAGCGUGGACGAGGGAGGCAAGAGCGGUGUGGUCAUCAAUGAAGAUGGCAGCGAGGGCGAGAAGAAAGACCAAUUGGCACCUACAUCUGGCAGCGCUGAACCCGGAUCUCCAAGCUUUGCUUUCGCAAACACCGAGCAGCUGGCAGUGCGAUGA